AUGCUCUCAUGUGGGUGUGUGUGCUCUCUAUAAUAUCUAUAUAAAGCACCAUACCUACAUGCUCACAGUUCACAGAUUUGCUUUGCUUUCACAUCUUUCAUCUAUUAAUAAUCUAUCAUCUUUAUAUUUUUCUUGUCUUCUUAUCAUCUCAUUCAUCAAUUCAAACAUGGUGCACAAGGGUUUUCUUUCUGUCAGACUUCUGCUGCUCUUUCUGGGUUUCUCUUUUGUGCUCUCUUCUCUUGCUGUUCCUUCAACUAGAAGCCUCAAAUCAACUGAAGAAAACCCAUCAUCAGUUCAAGAUUUUCUCACUCAGGAUGCAAUGGACUUGAAUCUUGUAGAGGAACAAGUUCUUGAUUUGGGAGAAGGGUAUAUUAAUGGAAGGAUGGAUUUGGAAAGCACAGAUUAUCCAGGAACUGGAGCAAACAAUCACCAUGAUCCAAAAACUCCAGGAAGAGCUUAAAGAAUUUAUCCAUGUGCAGAUCAAGACUUCAAAACAAGAAGAAAGAGGAAGAAGAAGCUGUGGAUUUGGGUUUGCUUUUUAUGCAUUAUAUUAAUUAAUUAUGAAGAGGAUGCUUGUUUGUCUGUCUAUUUAUGGAAUGUAUUAAUUAAUUAAUUAUUCAAUAAUCUAACUUUUAAUUCAGAUUAGAAGAAGAGGAAGGGGAAGGGGAGGUUCCAUUUUGUACAAGGAAUGCAGGAAUUAAUGCUAUGGAUCUAAAAUGUGGUGGGUUUUAAUUAUUAACUGGGGAUGCAAAUUGUCAUUUGUAUUUUGUAUCUAGAGAAGUAUGAUGUAAAUGAUGAUGAUGAUGACGAUGAUGUUGUCUGUUUUUGUUAUGAAA